CUCAUAGCUCCAUCGGCCGUGCAGCCGUGCAGCUCAGCCGCUACUCCCUGCCUUCUGCCAUCAGUUUCAGCUGCAGAACACAUCUUUUGAUCCUGUUCUGUGGCUUCUCACAUUCACAGCAGCCAUGGACACCAAAGUGCAGACGAUGCUUUUGAUGGCGUUGGCAACCCUUCUCAUAUUAGUGCUUGCUGUGAAUGCCACGGACCAUUUGGAUACAUAUGCAAAUGCUGUAUCUAGCCCAGCGAGUCCGAGAAGAAGGUUUCUUUUGAACGUGACUCCUGCAAGAAACACUUGCAAAUACAACAAAUCAAUUUGCCGUCAGGCAGGCUCAGCUGGUCCUGACUGCUGCGAUGAGGUGUGUGUUGACAAAAGCACUGAUUUCAACAACUGUGGGUCAUGUGGCCAUGACUGUCACUUUGGGAAAACCUGUUGCGAUGGUGACUGUGUGGAUCUUCAGAAAGAUGAGGACAACUGUGGAAGGUGCGGACUGGUGUGCCCCAGGAGAAUCUCGACUCACAACCGCCAUGCACGAUGUGAGAAUGGGCUCUGUGAUUACAACUGAUCAGUGCACGAGUCAUCCUAGUGUUCAUCAUACUAGGAUGAAAGUUUUGUUUCAAGCCCAAUGAUUUUGUAUCUGUUCAGACUUCGGUCCUAGCUGAAAGCAAGCGAAGAAAUUGAAUCCUUGUUACGAACACUCAUCUUUCGGAAUCAGACUCGAUGAGAUUGAAUCACAAAAGUUUCAGAGUUUUUUGAUUAUAUAUGUAUAUAUAUUCUCUUCUCGAUGCUGCGCUGUAGUCAGGAAGUAUUGGGUCUUCCUUUAGUUGGUUGAAAGUAUAAGUCUGAAUGCAUGGGACCGAAUACUACAAGCUUCUCAGUAAAAUCAGAAGCAUGAUGCCAGAGAGUACGAACUCCAUAAUUUUUUCUAGACUUCUGGUUCUGUACCAUCACGAGACUUAUAUGUACGAGGAUCUAAGUCACACUUAAGACUCAUUUUCCAACCCUCAGAAUCGCUCACCAUCACACGAAUGCUUUGUAAAAUCUGUCUUUCAAUCUAGGAUAAGCAUCUUAACAUAUGGAUCAGAACUGUCCAAGUUGACAUCUAUCUUUUUUCAAAGAUCGUUGAAAGUUUGUUUGGUUCGUAAGGC